UGGGUCUCUAGCAAUGUAUGGUAUGCUUUUGUGCGUGGCCGCAGGUGUAAGGAUAUCGUUCAGACCACGGUUUAAGAUAUAACUUAUUUCAGAUGGAAAUGUUGUUUGGAAUCCAGUGAUAAUUGAACCUAGUGUUGGAGUAUUGUAGUAUUUAUAAUUAGUGACAGUGAAAUAAUAAAUCCCAAAAUCAAAUGAAGUCUUUGUCUGAUUAACGUUACACAUACUCGUUAGCAUUCCACUGUCGAUCAUUAUGAGUAAAAUAAGUCCUUGCAUUGAGUCACUUUACAAUUUGACAUUAAAUGAGUUAUGUCAUUCCAUGAAUGAAGAGAUUUUGAUCCACGUGUUGAAGUAUUAUCCACCAUCAAUAGUUUUGCAAAUCAUAUGGAAGAUUUUACAUGUUAACAACGAGAAUCCAGAAUUUGUGUACGGUCAUGUAAAUCCCAUGCAUGGUAUGCUCACUUCGAUAAAACGAGGCCGUGAAAUUGCUCAAAUGUCAGUACGGCAUCGAGGAAGUUUAGCUCAUAUGGCUUAUAAACCAAUAAGCUCUGGAACUCAUGAAGAGUUUGCUAAUAAUCAACAAACCAAAUUUGUCGAUGAAUGCAAUUUUUGUAAUCAUUUUGAUUUAGAUUUAUUUUUCAAAUUAGUAGAAAUUACUGAAUGUCGAAGUCAACUUUUUACUAUAUUUCAGAUUUGUAUUCAGAUUAAAGGUUUUGAAUUUCCAAAACAAUUUGCUGAAAAAUGGAUUCAAACUGAAAUACUAGAAGAAAACAAUGAUAAUCUUCAUUUUCAUUAUAUUGAACAAGGUCUCAAAUUAGGAAUUUUUCUCGGUGAUAGUGGUUGGCUCAGUGAAAGUGCUUUCGUUUUAUCUCAUACAUACAAUAUAAUAUCUACAAAAUGGGUGUGUCUUGAUCGAAAUUUAGAACUGAUCAAAAUUAUCCAAUGCUUGACAAAGUGGUUAUUAGUUGUAUCAAAUUAUCAUAAUUUUGAUGAAGCUAAAAUGGUUUUGCAACAUAUACUAAAUACUAUUAGUAUCCUUGAGAAAAUAGAAGGAAGAACAUUGUGUAUAGCUUAUGCCUAUAUAGCUGUUUCACAGUAUUACUAUGUAUUAAUGGAAUUUAAUGAGGCUUGGGUAUGGGCUGUCAAAGCAGUUAAUGAACUUCAUGAUAAAAGUGCAGAUGUCCUAAAACUUUUGGUCAUUAGUCAUGUCAUUAAAGUUUGUUCUGCUCUGAAUAAAUUGAGCAUGGCAAAAAAAUUGAUUGAUCAAUUAUACACUUAUGAAAAAGAUAUUGAUCAAAAUAUUCAUGUAGAUAUGUUAUUGAGCGAAGCAUGCUACUCCUUGAAAGCAGAUUUAGCAAAAGAUAGUAUUCACAGUUAUUACACUGCUUUAGACUCUAAACGAAAUUUAUUUGGUUACUACAAUUUACACACUGCGGUUGUUUUUGUAGAUUAUGCAUAUGCUCGAUAUGUUUGUGACUAUUCAACAACUGACUUUAGUGAAGCUAUGCGUAGCAUAUUACAGGGUAUAUUUAUUAUGAAUAAAAUUGGAUUACCACAUGACAAUAUGUUGUUUGUGAAUGCUGGACGCAUAAAAGCUUUAAUACUUGAAGAAAAAGCAUUAGAUGUAUUGGAAAGAGGUAUUGAACAUUAUAUUCAUGGCAGUUUACAUAGUAUACAUAGUUCUCGUGUUGAAGGAAUAAAGCGAAUGUUGGAAAAAAUUAAAAAAGAUAUGUUAAAUGAAGCUGAAGUUCUCCAUCUUAAAGCAUUAGAAGUUUCUUUAAAUGCAGUUGGUGAGAAAGCACUGCUUACAGCAAAAUCGUAUUGCAACCUAGGUAGACUUUAUCAAAGUCAAGAAAAAUACAUGCAAUCUGAAAAAAUGCACUUAAAAGCAAUUGAAAUCAAAGAAUCAAUUUUAGGUAAGAACAGUCCAGAUGUUGCACUAUCUCUGGGUCAUUUAGCAAGUUUAUAUACAUAUCAGUUAAAAAAAUUUCAUGAGGCUGAACUUCUUUAUCUUCGAUCAAUAACAAUAUAUGAAACUACUUAUGGUCGCCAGUACACAGGGUUACUGUAUGAUUUUAAAGGACUGGUAGAAGUAUAUAGGGAAUUGAAAGAUAUUGAUAAGUAUAAUCAAUAUAUGGAAAAAACUCAAAGGUUCCAUGAAACACGUGAAGCUUGGCUACAUUUGAUACAUACAGCUGUUGAUGAAAACUGUACACAAGAUAAUUUAAGUUUGGAAAAGUUUAAAUGCAUACUGAAUGACUGUGGCUGUGAAAAGUAGUUAAUUUAUAAUAUAAUAAUAUACCAACUCAAAAUUGUUCAUAGAUUAUUAA